AUGGACUUACUGAGCCACAUGGAGAUGGCGGAGGGCUCCCUCUGCUCCUUCUCGGCCGCCGACGACUUCUACGACGACCCGUGCUUCAACACGUCGGACAUGCACUUCUUCGAGGACCUGGACCCGCGGCUGGUGCACGUCGGGGGCCUGCUCAAGCCCGAGGAGCACCCGCACCACCACGGGCACCCGCACGAGGAGGAGCACGUGCGGGCGCCCAGCGGGCACCACCAGGCUGGCCGCUGCCUGCUCUGGGCCUGCAAGGCCUGCAAGAGGAAGACCACCAACGCCGACCGCCGCAAGGCGGCCACCAUGCGGGAGCGGCGGCGGCUCAGCAAGGUUAACGAGGCCUUCGAGACCCUCAAGCGCUGCACCUCCACCAACCCCAACCAGCGCCUGCCCAAGGUGGAGAUCCUCCGCAACGCCAUCCGCUACAUCGAGAGCCUGCAGGCGCUGCUGCGCGAGCAGGAGGACACCUACUACCCGGUGCUGGAGCACUACAGCAGCGAGUCAGACGCUUCCAGCCCCCGCUCCAACUGCUCCGACGGCAUGAUGGAGUUCAGUGGGCCUCCUUGCAACUCUCGCAGAAGAAACAGCUAUGACAACAGCUACUACACGGAAUCACCAAAUGAUCCAAAGCAUGGGAAGAGUUCUGUUGUUUCUAGCCUUGAUUGCCUCUCAAGCAUUGUGGAGAGGAUUUCCACAGAUAACUCCACAUGCCAGGUCCUGCCUCCAGUGGAAAAUGUUGCUGAUGGGAGUCCCUGUUCUCCCCCAGAAGGAGCCAGCCUGAAUGAGAGUGGAGUCCAAAUUCCUUCCCCUACCAACUGCACCCCACUUCCCCAGGAUAGCAGCAGCAGCAGCAGCAACCCUAUCUACCAAGUGCUAUAA